UGCGGAUGUAGAAAAUUUAUUCAUGAUGAACAAAAACAAACAGACGGCACCUCGGACGGCACUUCAAUAAUUCGCUCGAAAUUUGUUCGAUUGUCGACGAAAAAGCAAAGAAAUCGUUGUGAAAAUGAACAGCGAAGUAGAUGUGUUUCUCAUUCCUCAUACACGGAUGAAGCAGCUGGUUAAAGAGACGUCUAACCAGGUAGAUUUUGUAAAAUUUGUAGGAACGUAGUCAGUGGACUGUGCAAACGAUUUGCCAAAUAUGACAGUGCAAAAUUGCAAAUGACUUUUAAUGUGUACUUUUUGCUUUGAUUCUCAGUAGAAGGCAUUAUAAAAUUCCUACAAGCAUCGUAUAAUUCAACGACCUUUUAGCUGGGGGAUAUUUUUAGCACAGAUUUAAUAGAGCUUUAUAUAAGAAACAGUAUACUUCAAAAUAUAUGUAGUAUUGGCCCGUUUUAGAUAAUUAUGUAACUCGCACAAUGGUAUUAAUUAAAGUGUUUUAAAUAAUUUAACCACUGGUCAUAACCCCAAAUCUAAUUUAACUCUGAGAGGGUAAUUUUUUAAUUGUAGUGAAUUGCUUUUGAAAUGAGGUCAUUCUAAUUGUCUUUUGAAGCAAGGAAUUGUAAUUAUAAUAAACCCUUAAAGUGGCCAAGCACCAUGACGUUGCCCCCAUUUUAUUAUUUUUAAACUAGUCUAGCCACAGAGUAAAUACAUAUACAGAGGCAUAACUGACAGUAAACACUGCGGAAGCUUACUUUAUCAUGACCCACUUUUUUUCAGGUGACCGAGCAAAAAAUGGGUCGUUCCAGAAAAGAUCCACACUCCCCCCAUGGAGGAAAUUUCUGCCGUCCGGAGGGGGAGGGGAGACAAAAUUGUUUCUGAUAAAUAGUAAAUGUAUUAGGACAUCCGAAGGGGGUAGGGGGGUUAACUUCCAAUUUCCUCUGUGGGGGUGGUAUGGAUGUUUUCUGGAAUGACCCAAUGAUCAACGUGCGUGUGCUCGGCAAGUUUUAAAACAAGCCGCCAUCCGAUCAGACGCAUGCAUCUAGUAACUUGCCAAGCACGCGCACAAAAAAAGUGGGUACACUAGUUACAACUCUGUAUAUGUAUGUACUCUGUGGUCUAGGCAGGGUGUCAAAAUUGGUUUGAUGAUGAAAUUGGAAAUUUCAGUAAGCCUGUGAGAUUCAGAUCGGAGUUAAGGAUUAUUGUGUUUCUUAAGUGACGUUCAUGUCAUGAAAUUUUUGUUUGUGGAAACACCACGUAAUUUCAUUACUGCAAAGCUUUCGAUCCGUAAGCCCGGAUCUUCAUCAGUGCUAAUAAUAUGACAUAUUAUUUAACAAUUAUUCGCCGAAGGCGAGGUGAUUAUCGGUGAAUAAAAACCGAGACGAAGUCGAGGUUUUUAUUCACGAUAAUCACCGAGCCUGAGGUGAGCAAUUGUUUUAAUAUAAUUUCAUAGGUGAUUAUUUGGAAAAAAAUUUAAAAAUGCACAUUUCUUUGUCUUUUAAUUAAUUGACAAAACGGCUUCAGCCGCCAUUUUGAAAAUCGCUUAGGUGAUUAUCACGUAAUAAUCACCUCAACGGUAACCAAUCAGCGUGGAGAAUUUUCAAUAAUCACCUAUAUAAUUAUACUAAAACAUAUUAUUAGCACUGAUGAAGAUCCGGGCACAGAAUAGAUACCGGACCAGAAGUGUCACUCCUAUGUGUUUUGGCUGAAGGAAAACGUCCGAAAUUUUUUUGCGUGCUAUGACGCCAUCCUGGAGUGCACCCGGCACUUUGUACCUAUGUUUUCCUAUGAAAAACUUCUGUGUGCAUUCCAGGAUGGCGUCAUAUGAUGGCGUAUUUUCACAUCAGCACUCGUAAAAUUUCGGACAAAAUAUCGUCUGAGUGACACUUCUGGUCCUAUAUCUAUUCUGUGAUCCGGGCUUACGGAUCGAAAGCUUUGCAGUAAUAGAUUUACGUGGUGUUUCCACAAACAAAACUAUUAUAUGUUUUAUCGCCAUGCAAACAUAUACAAAUAACUUAUUAGAUAUAUAUUGUUUGGGUACCGGACUUAUAAUGUAGAAUAGAAUAAACAAAAAAACGUUUUGUAAAGAUAGAUUUUCCAGGGCAUGGGGCAGGGCUCGAAACUUGCGGUAUCCCGAUAUCCACAGGAUAUCAGAUUUUAAUUUUGGAUACUGGCUAUCAUAAGCUCAGUAUCCCAACUGGAUACUAGGAAAACUUAGAAAUUGCGAUAGUAGAUAAUCAUCUAGACGUUUGGCAUGUUUCCGAACUUCAAUGUCUACGGAUUUUGGCAGAAUAUUUUUAAAAAAAAAUUCACAAACGGUGCUUUCUUUCGUAUCGCCGCAGUGUGUUAUUUUCAAUUUUUUCGUAUUUCAAUACAUAUUUUUAUUAUUGAAACUAAAGGCCUGGUGUUUGCUCAGCAACUGAAGGCCUAGUUGCAAGGUAAAAUUUUGCCUUGCUUAGAUACUGAAAAUAGAAUAUCUAGUAUCCAAAUCUGGGUUACUAUAUUUCAAGGAUGGAUACUAGAUUCUAUGAUGCUGGUAUCCACUUGGAUACUGACAAAAAUUUCGAGUUUCGAGCCCUGCAUGGGGUCUCUUUUAGCAGCAUUCAAAUUGAAAAGCCUGCGCACAAAAUUUAAAAGUUUAAAGCGCAUUUUGGGUUCAUGGGCGAGAAACUUGUUAUGUGUUUUAUCAAUGGUCCAAAUAUCAGAAAAGUCACUCAAUUUUAAGUCAUUUAAAUAGCUGCUGAAACUUUGCAUUUUUUAUAAAUGCAUGGCAUUUACCUAAUUUGCAUAUUGUUAUUGUAAAAAAAAGUAAAAUAACAAUAUGCAAAUUAGGGAAAUGCAUGAAUUAAGCAUGUGUGAUUGGCAUUGGUGCCAAAAACUGCAAGUUUCAACAGCUAUUUAAAGAACUUCAAAUUAUAAUAUACCCAAACAAUCUAUAUUUAUCAAAAAUUUCAUGAAAUGAAUGGUCGAUUUGUAAAAUUGGGAGUUGUUUCAAAAUUGUCUACUGUUUUUAUAUGGUUAUGUUUUUGGUUGAUCUAAAUUGCAAAAUUGCCAAAAUUGCGUAAUUGUGAAAAUGCCAUAUAAUUCAAAAUCCUUUACUGUAGCUAACACCAGGGAUGGAUUUACUGGGGGGGGGGGGUGCACCCCCUAACCCUGGCCAGAGGGGUUGCUAUUUUUCAUCAUAAAGCAAAAAAUUAUUAGAGACAAAAUGAGAUACAGUAAUUUGAGUAAUAACAUGAUGAUAAGUGAACUGUGAACAACAAUUAAAUUCAAAUACAGUAGUCAAGCAUUAGUGAAGCAAGUUGAUGGGCAGGUGGCACACAUGACCAACACAACUCGGUACCAGAGCUGGCAGAGCACCCCCCCCCCCCCUACCAGAUCAUGCUGAAUCCAUCCCUGGAGCCUAACACCCUGCUAUAUUACCAGAGUAUUUUACGAUUUUACUUGUCAUGGGGAAAUUGCUGCCACCCAAUGGCUUAACCCAUUGAGCCGCAAUGCGCCCUACUUAUUUUUUUUUUUACUUGUCUAAAGGCGGUUUUCCAGUCCUCGCACGAAGCGAGCUGCGAGGAGCUUCGUGCGAGGACUGGAAAUCCGCCUUAACGCCAGACGAUUUUACUCGUCAAUGGGGAAGCACAGUAUAGUUAGCCAAAAAAAUCUGACAAUGUGUCUAGUUAACCCACUGAGCCGCAAUACGCCCCAGUGCAACCUACUUAUUUUUUCUUACGCCAGACGAAUUUACCUGUUCAAUUUCAUUAUUUUCAAGGUGUUUGGUACAGAUUUUUCUGAUGAUUUUGCAGUGGAAGGACUUUUGCACUCUCUAAAUCACACUUUUCACGAGUUCAAACACCACGAGGAGAUUGAAAACCAAUACAUCUUAGCAAAACUCAAGACUCGCGUUGCAAAAUCUGAACUUUUGGACAUAUUGUGCGACAUCCAUCACGAUACGCAUGUUAAAGACAUUCUCUUGCUCGUUAAGAAGGCCGUCAUGCUCAACGGAAAUCUGCAAAGGUCAUCGUUUAAGGUUGAGCUACAGAAUGCCAUCAAGGAAUUUAUUGAUGAUUUUUUGCCUCACAUGAAAGAAGAGGAGGAGGUGGGUUGAUCUAUAGAUAUAAUAAAAAAUUAUCAAUUCACCAAUGGAUAUAAUAAAUAAAUAAUCAAUUCAUCAAUAGAUAUAAUCAAUAAAUAAUCAAUUCAUCAAUGGAUAUAAUCAAUAAAUAAUCAAUGGAUAUAAUCAAUAAAUAAUCAAUUCAUCAAUGGAUAUAAUCAAUAAUCAAUUCAUCAAUGGAUGUAAUCAAUAAAUAAUCAAUUCUUUAAUGGAUAUAAUCAAUUAUUUAAUGGAUAUAAUAAAUGUGAUACUACACCCCCCAACCUUAGCCUCUCCACUACGGCCCUGUAGGCGGUUGAGAAACACAACUGGAUAAUUAAAUAU